AUGUGCUAUCCGGUAGAUGAGGGAGGAGUUGGUUUCCGGAGGUUACAGGACAUCUACACAGCAUUCUCAUUCAAGCUUUGGUGGAACUUCAGAAAGGGAUGCUCGUUGUGGGCUUCAUUCAUGAAAGCUAAGUACUGUAGAAUACUACAUCCUUGUCAGGUUGAAAUCAGGUCAUUGGACUCCGCAAUCUGGAGAAGGAUGGUCAAUGUAAGUCGACAAGUGGAGCUAUCUAUGCUAUGGGAUAUCAAGAAUGGAGCUUGUCAUUUUUGGUACGACAAUUGGUUGGGAGGGGGUGCCUUGUUUCUCCGUACGACAGUUGUCUCUAAUUUGUCGUUUGGUGAUUUUAUCAUCAAUAGACACUGGGAUGUGAGUAGAUUAUAUCAGACAUUGCCGACGGAUCUGGUUCCCUCCAUUUUAGAGCAUCCAGUCCCGGAAGACUGGGGUGAAGCUGAAGUCUUUUGGAUGUCCACAACAUCUGGAAUCUUCUCUCUAGCUUCGAGGCUGCCUUUACCGGAUAGGUUACGUAAACUUGGUUUACAUUUACCAUCAAAGUGUUUCUGCUGCGAUUCCGCAUCUGAGGAGUCAAUUGAACAUUUAUUUUCCAAAGGCCAUAUAGCUUCAACAGUUUGGAAUUAUUUUGGAGCUUCAUGUGGAUUGACUUUUCCAGGCUCUUCUUUACGCUCCUGUAUAGUGGGUUGGUGGUUGCACUCAUAUGAUUCAGAGAUACAGCGACUCAUUGGACGCAUUCUUCCCACUAUAGUAUGUUGGCAAAUUUGGAAAGCAAGAAAUAAAGCAUUAUUUGAGGAUGUCCAUAUGAGAUCUCCCGCCAUUUGUCUUGCCAUUUCCUUGGAAAUCCAGACCAUUGUGGAAAUUCAUUUCAAACAAGUUUUCAAGGCUCAUUCAUUCUACCAUUUGUAUGAUUGGCCGUAUUCAUCUCACACUUAUGUCACGUACAAACUUGUUCGUUGGGAACCAAAGGAAACUGGUCGGUUUACUCUAAAUACCGAUGGCUGUUCUAAGGGUAAUCCAGGACUGGGUGGAGGAGGUGGGGUUCUUCGGGAUUCACAUGGUAUUCCUUUGAUUGGUUUUUCGGCAUAUCUUGGAGAAACUACAUGUCUAAGUGCAGAGGCCCGGGCUCUUCUUAUUGGCAUUCAAACAUGCAUACAUAGGGGUUUUGAGAAUCUCUAUAUUCAAUCGGAUUCUUUGGUAUUAAUUGGAAUUCUUCAGAAACGUAUUCACUGCCCUUGGAAGAUUCGACGAGAGAUUAGGCAGAUUUGGCAAUUCGUGGAAGAUCCUGAUCGUUUUGCACAUUGUUAUAGAGAAGCUAACACAGUCGCUGAUGCAUUGUCCAAUGUGGGCGUCUCUCAUCCAGAGCAUCAACUCAAGUUAUACGACUCCUUCCACUUGUUUCCAACUAUGGCCCGUGGAGCAAUUCGCCUUGACAGAUUAGGGAUGCCUUCAAUUCGGAAAAUUAAGCGUAUGAAGGGCUGA